GCCCAGGCGGCUACAACAAUGCCACGGAGCCUCCAUUUAAACCUCACUCUUCCACUUUGCCAAGAAUCGACAAGGUUAUAAGUGUUGAUGCACAGCCGUGUCAUAUUGCUAGCCAAGAAGACAGUCUGCCUUCGCCCCCUCGCUCCCCUCCUCUUCCCAACCUGCACAUUCUUUUCGGGCCUCUUAGCCCCGCCUCCCGAAUCUCGCCGCCGCCUUCUCGAGCAUCACGGAGGCCUCCUGCUGUCCUUGCACGGGGGCGACGCCAUGGCGGAGCAGCGUUUCCUGGUGGAGUACGCCAAGCGCGGCACAGCCGGCUGCAAGAAGUGCAAAGACAAGAUCGCCAAGGGAGUGACUCGCAUCGGCAAGGUGGUGCCCAACCCCUUCAGCGAGUCAGCCGGCGAGAUGAAGGAGUGGUACCACGUCAAGUGCAUCUUUGAGAAGCUGGAGCGCGCCCGCGCCACCACUAAGAAGAUCGAGGACAUCACCGAGCUGGAGGGCUGGGAGGAGCUGCAGGACGAGGACAAAGACCUCAUCAAUCGACACGUCUCGGAACUGAUGUCCAAAGUCAAGGCGAGUCCCCAGAAGAAGACUCCGGCCAAGUCCAGCACGUCAGGCAAACUGACGUCACCCUCUGCCGCCGCCACCGCAGCGCCGCUCAACGCUCCAAGAAAAUUCUCGGGCUUCACCGCGGCAAAGGCGGGCAGCUCCUCGUCCUCGCCCUUGUCGUCGCCUGCUAAGGCCAACCAAGGCAGCGCUCUGGCCACGCAGCUGUGCGACCCGCAGCACAAGGACUGCCUGUUCCGCGAGUUCCGCAAGCUGUGCGCCACGGUGGCCGAAAUCAGCAGCUACAACAGCAAGACGCAGAUCAUCGAGAAGUUCCUGCGCAAGGGCACCGGCGGAGAUAAAUUCCAUGGCGACUUGUACCUGACGGUGAAGCUGCUGCUUCCCGGCGUGGUGAAGAGCGUCUACAACCUCAACGACAAGCAGAUCGUCAAACUCUUCAGCCGUGUCUUCCGCUGCAACCAGGACGACAUGGUGCGAGAUCUGGAGAAGGGUGACGUGUCGGAAACCGUACGCAUGUUCUUCGAUGAGAGCAAAGCCUUCCCGCCGUCUCCCAAGAGCCUCCUCACCAUCCAGGAGGUGGACGCCUCGCUCACCCGCCUGGCGCAGCUCACCAAGGAGGAUGAGCAGCAGGCCGAGCUGGAGGACAUCGCCAAAAAGUGUACCAGCAACGACCUGAAAUGCAUCAUCCGCCUCAUCAAGCACGACCUGAAGAUGAACGCCGGGGCCAAGCACGUACUGGACGCGGUGGACCCCAACGCCUACGACGCCUUCAAGGCCUCCCGCAACCUGGGCGACGUGAUCGAGCGCGUGCUGAAGAACCAGCAGGACGCGUCGGACGGCUCGGGGCCCAGGAAGCUGCUGACCGUGGAGGCCUCGCUCAUGACCCCCGUUCAGCCCAUGCUGGCGGAGGCGUGCAAAUCCAUCGAGUACGCCAUGAAGAAGUGCCCCAACGGCAUGUACUCUGAGAUCAAGUACGACGGCGAGCGCGUGCAGGUGCACAAGAGUGGCGACAGCUUCAGCUACUUCAGCCGCAGCCUCAAACCCGUGCUGCCGCACAAAGUGGUCCACUUCAAGGAUUACAUCCCGCAGGCGUUCCCCGGUGGCCACAGUAUAAUCCUGGACGCCGAGGUGCUGCUCAUCGACACCAACACCAGCAAGCCCCUCCCCUUUGGGACGCUGGGCGUGCACAAGAAAGCCGCCUUUCAAGAUGCCAACGUGUGCCUCUUUGUCUUUGACUGCAUCUACUUCAAUGGCAAAAGUCUCAUGGAAAGGCCGCUGUGCGAGCGCAGGAAGUUCCUGCACGACAACAUGGUGGAGGUGCCCAACCGAAUCCUCUUCUCUGAAAUGAAGCACGUGACGCGUGGGAGAGACCUGGCCGACAUGAUCACUCGAGUCAUCAGAGAAGGUUUGGAAGGCCUGGUGCUCAAAGACGUCAAGGGCUCGUACGAGCCGGGCAAGCGUCACUGGCUGAAGGUGAAGAAGGACUACCUGAACGAGGGUGCCAUGGCCGACACGGCUGACCUGGUGGUGCUUGGCGCUUUCUACGGGAAAGGCUCCAACGGAGGCAUCAUGUCCAGCUUCUUAAUGGGUUGCUACGACCCGGACUCCAAGAAGUGGUGCACGGUCACCAAGUGCUCUGGCGGCUACGAUGACGCCAUGUUGGCCCGGCUCCAAAAAGAGCUGGAUGUUGUCAAAAUCAGCAAGGAUCCCGGCAAAAUCCCCAGCUGGCUGAAAAUCGUCAAGAACUACUACCCGGAUUUCCUCAUCCGCAGUCCCGAGGAUGCGCCCGUGUGGGAGAUCACGGGCGCCGAGUUCUCCAAGUCGGAGAUGCACACGGCCGACGGCAUCUCCAUCCGCUUCCCCCGCAUGACGCGCGUCCGCGAUGACAAAGAUUGGAAGAGCGCCACCAACCUGCCACAGCUCAAAGAGCUGUAUCGGGUCUCCAAAGAGAACUCUGACUUUCAAGUGACAGCGGCAUCUUCCAGCCAAGACAAGGGCGAGUCGGGAGGAGAUAGCGGCAGCAAUUCACCUGCGCCGGAAAGCGGCCCGCCCAAGAAGACAACAGGUAACAGCACACCAGCCAAACGCAAGGCGGUGAAAUCCGAGCCGGGCUCCCCCGCCGUCAAGACACCCGCCCCCAAAAAGCCGAGGAAGAGCGAAACUGUGCAGAGCAACGGGCACGCCAAAGCAGCAAAGGUGACGUCCACGCCGCCUCCUCCUCCCCCGCAGAUGCUGGAGUCCAACAAUGACAAGACACUUCUGGACAUCUUCAGCGGCGUCAAGCUCUUCCUGCCGUCCAGCGUGGACGACUUUGCCAAGCUGCGACGCUACUUCGUGGCGUACGACGGCGACCUGGUGGACGACUACGACGCCCCCUCUGCCACCCACACGCUGGCCGACGAUCAGCACGGCGACGGCGGCAGCCGCGCCCAGCGGGUGACGGUCGGCUGGAUCUGGGAGUGCAUCCGCAAGAGGCGCGUGGUUGCGCCCUGCUAGCUGCGAAAAAAAAAAAAAAAAAGCAAUUUGUUCUGUCCGUACUUCAAGCCGUCACGCUACGGAGACCGCGAGGCGCGUACACUCAUUUGUAACAAAAAUCAUGAUGAUGAGCAAGUGUGAAGCAAUGGUGUGCUUUUUAAAAUAAAAUGUCAAUAUGAUGAAAUAAGAAAAAAUAAUCUCAUCAUUCAA